AUGGGAAAUGGUAACUUUUUGCUCUGUACAAAGAUAUGCAAAGAGGUUGAGCUGGUUCUGCAAGGCCACAAAUUCAUGGUGGAUUUGUAUGUACUACCUAUAUGCGGGUUGGAUGUUGUCUUGGGGAUGCAAUGGCUUCAAACUUUAGGGUCGUGUGUGCACGAUCAUAAAGCUCUCACCAUGGAAUUUAAUUGGCAGGGAAGUGUGGUGAAGUUGGCUGGUUCUACAGAGGUGUCGGCACACCAGUUAACAUAUACUCAGUUUCAUGCCCUAUUACGUGAAGGAGAUAUCAAAGAGGUGUUCCGUUUGUCUGCAGUGUUGGCUGAACCUACUUCUAAUGGUGCAGAAAUUACCAGCGUGGAAGCCAAACUGCCGAAGGAGGGACAUGGUUUACUAACUAAGUUUGCUGUAGUUUUUGAAGAGCCCAAGCAGCUUCCUCCUUACCGUGGUGUUGACCACAGAUUUUUUUUGCAGCCAAGUUCUAAACCUAUCAAUGUCCGACCAUAUAGGUACCCGCAUUUUCAGAAGGAUGUUAUAGAAAAACUUGUCAAAGAGAUGAGUGAUGUGGGGUUCAUUCGACCAAGCACCAGCCCAUAUUCGUCUCCCGUACUCUUGGUGAAAAAGAAAGAUGGAACAUGGCGUUUCUGUGUGGACUAUCGGGCACUUAAUGGCAUCACUGUUAAGGACAGAUUUCCUAUUCCCACAAUUGAUGAAUUAUUGGAUGAGUUGGGGACAGCAGCGGUUUUCUCAAAAUUGGAUCUUCGCGCCGGGUACCAUCAAAUUAGAAUGGAUCGUCGAGAUAUACACAAGACAGCCUUUCGAACUCACGAGGGUCAUUAUGAGUUCUUGGUAAUGCCAUUCGGGCUUACCAACGCCCCGUCAACCUUUCAAGCUGCAAUGAAUCAAUUUUUCCGCCCAUACUUACGUCAAUUUGUCAUUGUUUUCUUCGAUGAUAUUUUGGUUUACAGCAACAACACCCAUGACCAUGUUCAGCAUCUCGAAAUGGUGUUACAGCUGCUCCAACAACAUGGUUUUUUUGCCAAAGCUAGUAAGUGUCAAUUUUUUCAACAUACCAUUGAGUAUUUGGGUCAUAUGGUAUCGUAUCAAGCAGUUAAGGCGGAUCCUUCCAAGAUUUCAGCUAUGGUGGAUUGGCCGAUCCCGAAGAAUGUAAAACAGUUGCGUGGAUUCCUUGGACUCACAGGGUAUUAUCGCAAAUUUGUCGCUCAUUAUGCAGCCAUAGCUGCGCCACUCAUUGAGUUACUUAAGAAGGACAAUUUCAAAUGGUCUACCGAAGCAGCAGUUGCUUUCGAUAACCUUAAACAGGCCAUGAUAGCCACUCCCGUGUUACGAUUGCCCGACUUCUCUAAAGAGUUCGUAGUGGAAACAGAUGCAUCCAAUGUCAGCAUUGGAGGGGUCCUAAUGCAAGAGGGACAUCCUGUCGCUUAUUACAACAAAAAACUGGGACCGCGAUUUGCAGGAGCUUCGGUCUACAGCAGGGAAAUAGCUGGCAAGCAGAAUUUGGUGGCUGAUGCGCUCUCUAGGCAGCAUGGUGUUGUUUUUUCUACUCUUCGUAUGGCAAUCAGUUCUGGUGGUUUUGAAUUUCUAGAGGCUUUACACCAGGAAAAUAUUACAUGCCCAGACCUGAGACAACUUCAUAUUCAGUACGGAAAAGGAGAGUUGGACACUGACUUGUACUCGGUUAGGGAGGGACUCUUGUAUUUCAGGCAGCGAUUCUUCAUCAGUGAGCACUCUAACUUAAAGUCACAGUUACUCAAAGAGUUCCAUGCCUCUCCAAUAGGAGGACACGCUGGGGUAGAAAGAACCUUUCUGCGACUUGGAGCAAAAUUUUUUUGGAAGGGGAUGCACAAGGAUGUACGCAAAUUUGUACAAGCAUGCUUAACGUGUCAAACGGUCAAGUAUUCACCCACAGCUCCAUAUGGUUUGUUACAACCUUUGGCCAUUCCGGAACGUGUUUGGGAGGAUUUGGCCAUGGAUUUUAUCGUGGGGUUGCCAAAUUCACAUGGGGUCACCAACAUAUUGGUAGUCAUCGACCGCCUUACCAAAUAUGCUCACUUUGGAGCAUUGCCAAACCAUUAUUCUGCCACCAAAGUAGCUGAACUCUUCUCUAACAUGGUCAUUCGUUUACAUGGACUACCGCGCACAAUUGUCUCCGACCGCGAUCCCAUUUUUACCAGUGCAUUUUGGAAGAGGCUCUUUGAACUAAUGGGCACCACACUCAAGAUGAGCUCAGCAUAUCACCCCCAAACGGACGGUCAAACAGAAGUUACAAACUGUUAUGUGGAACAAUACUUUAGAGCAUUCACAGCGGAUAAUCCGAAACAGUGGAGCAAAUUUCUAUCCUGGGCAGAAUAUCACUACAAUACAAGCUUCCAUUCGGCAAUUGGGAUGACACCUUUUCAAGCAGUAUAUGGCAGACCGCCCCCUACUAUUCCGUCGUAUAUCUGGGGAGCCACUUCAAUACAAGCAGUAGAGAAUGAUUUGUUGACGCGAGACGACAUUCUGCAACAGCUGAAAACUAACUUGCAACAAGCUCAAAAUCGUAUGAGGCAGCAAGCAAACAAGAGACGUAGGGAUAUUCAAUUCAAGCUGGGGGAUUUGGUGUUAAUUAAGUUGCAGCCUUAUCGCCAAACAACAGUCGCCAAUAGACUUAACUCAAAGCUUUCCAGAAGAUACUUUGGUCCUUUCGAGAUUGUAGCCAGAGCAGGUCCGGUGGCCUAUACUCUUAAACUCCCACAAGGCAGCCGCAUUCACCCAACUUUUCAUGUUUCCCUACUCAGGCCUUACCAUGGCACAGAAACAUUCAGCUGCUAUCCCUUACCAGAACUCACCCUUGCUAAUCGUCCUGUGAUGACUCCAUUGGCUGUAUUGGCAACACGCAUUCACUUUGUUCACAAUAAGGCUGUUCGACAAGUAUUGGUGCAGUGGACUCUCAGCCCGCCCGAGGAUGCCACCUGGGAGGAUUUACAUUCCUUUUGUCGUCUUUACGACCUGCCCAACCUUGAGGACAAGGUUGUAUUCGGAGAGGGGAGUAGUGAUAGCCCAGCCCAGUUGACAAGCCCAAUUACAUUGGACCCUACUAGCAUAAAACACCAAAUGAAGAAGUGGGAAGAGUACUCAAACGUGGAAGUGCAGAGUGAAACAAAUGAUGCCAAGACUGAAGAAAGAGAGGGAGCUGGGAACAAGGAGAAGGAAUUGGCGCCUGAAAUUGCUAAAGGUGAUUUGCACUGUCUCGAAGAGUCCCCAUUACCAACAUAA